AUGAAUGCCCCUCCAGCGCUUGGGUAUGCACCCGGCGUCUCGCUCGCCCCGCAAGAAUCCCAAGCUUCUCCAACAGCUGCCAGUUUUGGCUCCAAUAACCCUUUCCGCAACCGCGCUCUUUCCCCUUCAGUCACUGGAUCUGUCUCUUCUUCAAACACUCGCCCAGAACGACCACGCUCGACAAAUCCCUUCCUAGACGACAGUGAGGCAUUGUCACCCCAGUCCGCCCCUGGAAUGGCCUCCGGCGCUAUGGUCUCUCCAACUGAGAAGACCGACAUCUCAAGCCACACCCGUGAACUCUUUAGCCUUUCCCUCAAACCCGCCCCUCAAACAAAUCGCCGACCAUCUGAUGACCGAAAUGCUUCAACCCGCACCCGACCCCCAAGAGAGCGCCCCUCUCAGCGACCGGCCCCAUCAAAAGGGAAUGACCCGCUCGACAUCUUUGCUGAUCCCCCAUCCAAGUCCGCAAGCUCACGGGCGCCACCCCGCCGACCCCGCCGCAACUCGGAGUCCUCGGUGAUGGAUCGUGGAUCUACGUUGUUGGAUGUUGAUGACAGCGAGAAGCGCCGCAGAGAACGACGUAACCGCGAGCGCGAGGGUCGCAGCAAAGAUCCAAAAGAUGGAAAGUCGCGAUCUGGUCGCAAGGACCGCCGACUGGACGUUAUUGAUAAGUUGGAUGUGACGAGCAUCUAUGGCACUGGAAUGUUCCACCACGAUGGUCCUUUCGAUGCUUGCAAUCCCCACCGCAAUCGCCGAGGUGUUCGGACUGCACCAAUGCAGGCCUUCCCCAAGGGCUCUACCAACAUGGCCCUCGGUGGCACUGGGCCCAACAAUUCCAACAUCGAUCUGAACCUCUUCCACGGCCGAACAGAGGAGGGUCACAACGACUUCGCCACUGCUGCCCGUCGUAACGCCGACUCGGGUAACAGUUUCGAUCCGACUGCCCGUGUGGACCCUGUCCACGGAGCACAGAGUAUGGGCCUGGGAACCAGCACUUUCCUCGACGGUGCGCCAGCGAGUCGGUCUGCCAUGGCCCGUCGUCAAAGUGAGAACGAAAGCUCCCUCGCACCCAACGGUGGUCUUGCCCGUAAGAAGAGUUUAGCACAGCGAUUGCGCGGACGAACCACUGGCGGCCCUGGCCGUAUUUCAUCGCCCGAAUAUUCCACCCCUGCCCCUCCCGCAGUUGGCUCCAGCCAUUCUGCCUCCUCCCGGAACAACGAGCGAAACCCAUAUUUCCAAGAUCAGGACUACGACGAGGAGUGGGAUAAGAAGGGCUCCAGCAUUGAGGCCCGUAUGGAGGGCGGCGGUCGUCUCCGAUCAUCCAGCAGCCCCAAACAAGCGACUGGUCUGGAGCGGAAGCCCACAAACGACCGCUAUGAGGAGUCCAAACUCAACCCUGGCGGUGGCGGCUUCUUGAACCGCAUGAAGAGCCUGCGCAAACCUAAGCCAGAACGCCGCACUAGUGAUUGA